UCGCUUGGCCAGUGGAACUGACGGCGUGAUAAAAGCGGGAACUUUACCGUGCCGACCUCGUGCUCGUUGUUUUGUGCGUUUUUUGGCCGUGUGUUUAUCACGGGCACGGGGUAAGGUGAUCAACGAUGGCGGGGUACAAAUGCGUUAACUUUGCCGAUCUGUGCCGCCUGUGCGCGAGCAGCGGCGGAGCGCGGCUGGGAAUCUUCACCGACGAGGGCCGCAGGAGGAAGGUCCACAACAAAAUCACCGAAUCGCUGCGAAUAAGUAUACAAGAGUCGGAUCGAUUGCCAAAGUCCGUCUGCAACGGGUGCCUGCGGCAGGUGGAGGCGCAAGUCGAGUUCCGGGAGGCGGUCGUACGGGCACAGAGCAUGCUGGAGAGCUGUCUAAACUCACCGAAGCUGAAGAACGGUGGCAAGGUGUACAUCAAGGAUGAAAAGCCGAAGGAACCUGCACCCGUUAUCAGUGCGCCACCGAGUAUACCGCAAAUCGUGACUUCCCUGCCGGUGGCGAACGUAACGAAGGCGGUACCGAUGAAGCUGUCCAUGGUUGGACAGAAAACCGUCCAAGCGCAGCCGGGCACUCAGAUAGUGAUCAACAACAACCUACCGAAGGCAACGACCAAUGGGCCGGUAGUGGUCAGCAGCAGUGGCAACGUUGCGCAGAGCGUAACAAUUCCGACAACGGCCACCAUCAUGGCACCGGGCAACAACUUUCUCAGCAGCAUCAUGCAGGCGGUCGGUAUAACGACGGAUGAGUCAAACCGAGUGGCCACCCUACCUGGCGGACAGCAACAGCAGCAGCAUCACAUUAUUGCGCAACCACAGCUCGUGCUCCAACAGCAGCCGCAGCAGCAGCAGCAGCAGCAGCAGCAUCAACAACAACAACCGAAUCAACUUGCGCAGUACACGAUAACGCUCGAUGGACAGACGACCCUCAAGGCGAACAACGUCCACUACAAACUGCAAAACGGAACAACAUUCACGCAGGUUGACGAGUUUAUUAAAAUCAAAGCCGCGACGGGCAAGCCGCAGAAACGAGAAUCUCAGCAAGUGGUAAUGUCCGAAACCACUCCGGUAAAGAAGCAGCGAAUUAUUCAGUUUAUUAAACCCCCCGUGAACCAAACGCCACCGAAGGCAACACUGUCCCUGGGCAGCACUCCAACUGUUUCACCGAUCGUUUCGAGUGGUUCGAUAGUGUGUGCCACCAGCACCGGUGGCGGCCCCGUUACCAGUACGCCCCUGAACGGGGGCCAGCUAAAACUGGUGGCCACCGGGAACAACAAGUGUCUGGUGCCGAUCGUGGUGAAAAACGAUGCGUCAGGAGAGACCGCAUCCGUCGGAACCGGGACGAUCUCAAGCGUUCCUGCGAACGGCGCCGUGCAGUUUGUACAGAUGAAGGUAGAAGCUGGCCCGGAUGGCGUUUUGCGGUUUGCACCGGCACACAUUAAUCCGCAGCUUACGAUCACUCCGCAACCGAUGCCCGCACAGUACGGCAUGCAGACGACGACUGGACAAUCGCUACAACCGACGAUGACGAUCGUCCAGAACCAAAACCAGCCAUCACAGCAACCAUUGCCGACCGUGCUACAAGCGACAACAGCGUCUGGCCAAACGAUAGGCGCCAACUAUGUUACACUGAUGGGUAAACCUUCGCCGGCGCCCCAAACACAACCCGAUGCCAAUGUGCUGCAACCGACCAACGUUGUCCUGACAGCACAGGCAGCCCCACCACAGGGCCAACAGCAGCAAACGCAGGUGCAGCCACAGCAGCACCGUCCACAGCCACCCAAAACGAUCUCGACGACAAGCUAUGCUCCUGCGGCCGGUACCGGGAAGCAAAUGGUUAAUCGCGUUUUCACGGCGCCACCGGGGCGUAAAGGAAUCGUAGCCCCCGCAGCCCGAGCGAGCGCUCCAAGACAAGCGCCGGCGACCGCUCCUAAAGCAACGCAACCCACGGCAUCGUUGCCUCGAAGCAGCAAGCAACCAACGGCACAGGUUAAUCGCUCUACGGCCGCCACGGCGCAAACCCGGGAAGUAACGGUCGCGAAAGGCCAAACGCAAACGAGAACGUCGAACGCCAGUUCGGCCGACAGUGACAGUGGCACCGAGGGGGUGGCGGGUACUGAAGAGGAAACCGCUUUCCGCACUACCCAGUCAAUUAUGGCGUCGCAACAGAUGACGGCCAUUUCGGCAAUGUCCGGCAAACAGGAUCAGACGGAACAGGUGCUCGAUGCGGUCGACGUAAGCAUCACGACGUGCGACGUUUGCCAUAAGGUGUUUGGCCGCAAAGAACAUUUGGUGCAGCACCUGAAGUCUCACAUCGGGCUGCGACCGUUCAAGUGCGAAGCUUCCGACUGUUUGAAGACCUUUAGCCGCAAAGAACAUCUGUUGCGCCACAUGGUGUCACACACCGGGAAGAAGAUGUUUAACUGCGAUAUGUGCCAGAAGCUGUUCUCCCGGAAGGACAACCUCAACAAGCACAAGAAAACUCACGUGGACCAGAAGUCAGCGCCGUUCACGUGUUCUAUCUGCAAUACGGACUUCUUUGUGAAGAGCCAAUAUGUGAAGCACAAAGCGAAACACGCGGAUGAUUCGCUGAAGCUUUCAGUGAAAAAGGACCCUCCUACGGCGACGAAGGCGCCGGCACCCAAAACGAUGGCACCCGUCACGGUGAACACGGUAUCGCAGCCGGUUCAGGCGAAAGUAUCCCACCCGCUACCGAACAGUAAUGCCAUCACGUCGAUCGCCACAGGCCAACCGACGGUUGUGCAGUCGUUGCCGGUCACCAUCACGCACACACCCAACAACGGGGCCACCAUCCAGCUGCCAACGUUCCAGGCAACGCAGCAAAUGCAGCAGCUCAUCCAGCAACAACCGACGGCAGCAUCGGUGACCACCAUCCCGCAGGCGACCGGCCAACCGCAGCAGAUUUUCACCAUUCCCGCGCACAUUAACGGGAAACAAGUUCUGCAGCACCUUCAAAUCGCGCUCCCGAGCUGUAUCGCCCAGCAGCAGCACACGGUGCAGACCCAAUCGUCGACUGUGCAAACGCUCACGGCGACCGCGGGUGGAGGUGUAACCACACUGGCCAGUCUGGGUGGUGCCCGUGCUACGAUCAUCAACACCGUCGAUGGCAACACAAUGUUCACGAUACCGUCAAACUUGCUGUUCGAUUCGUCGCAGCUGAUUGCGACGAGUCGUCAGUCGUAG